GUUCCCGCAGUGGUCUGGAGCUCAGGCAAAGGAUGACUUCUCUGCAGCCCUGGGAUGGGGAGGAAGUGCUGAAUCCAGCUUGACCUUUGAAGAGCACCAGAUUUCUCCACUUGACUGUGGAAAACCUGGCAGCUACUGCCCUGAGUAUGUGCUGCACUGAGCCCUGCCAGGUUUCCUGCCUCCAUGGGCAGGGUCUGGCCACGCUCCUCCCUCAGGGCCAGUCAUUUCCCUUCCAUCAGCUCCCCUUUGGGGCCCUGCAGAUGUUAUCUUCACUUGUCAAAUCUCCAUCCAGCUCUGAUCUUUGCCUGUGGUGCGCUCUUUGACAUACGAGGCAACUUCUUCCUCAGCCUGGGUGAAGAAACUUCUGUCUCCCCGCCACGUGCCACUGAAGGACGCGCUCGUGUCUGCAAUCAUGCUUCCAGGUGGUCACGAAGAUGCUGACCUGCGCAGGUUGACCCAAGAAGGGGCUCUCCCACAGAGCAGAGUGGAGCGCAGAGAGCUGCAGGAGAAGCCAGGACUGCCGCUCUGCAGAAAGGUUUGCUAUGCCAUUGGGGGCAUUCCCUACCAGAUGACGGGCAACGCCCUUGGGUUUUUCCUCCAAAUCUUCUUGCUGGAUGUUGUGCAGCUGGAGCCUUUCCAUGCCUCUUUGAUAAUUUUCCUUGGAAGAGCCUGGGAUGCAGUUACUGACCCUGCUAUUGGCUUCCUGGUCAGCAAAAGCCCAAGGAGAAAAUGUGGGAAGCUGAUCCCAUGGAUCGCAUGCUCCACGCCAUUCGGGGUGCUCUGCUACUGCAUGAUGUGGUCCACCCUCUCGGAUGCCACCCCCGCCUCCCUGAAAUUCCUGUGGUACCUGUUCAUGUACAGCUUCUUCCAGACUUGCAUGACUUGCUACCACGUGCCGUACUCUUCCCUGACAAUGUUCCUGGGAGGAACCCAGAGAGACCGUGACUCAGCCACCGCCUACAGAAUGGGGAUGGAGGUGUUCAGCACGCUCAUUGGGUCAGGAAUCCAGGGGCAGAUUGUGGGCAGUUACCAUGCCCGCAUGAUGAAUGGCUGUUACGUGUCAAAGGAGACGCUGCCCAACACCAGCACCUACAGCCUCACGGACUCUCUGGAGAACACGCGUAGAGCCUAUGUAUCUGCGUCCCUGGUCCUGGGCUCAAUCUAUUGCCUGUCCUGUCUGAUUCUCAUCUUUGGAGUCAGGGAGCAGCCUGGGCCCCUCAGCCCCCUGGGGAAGGUUGAGCUGCCCUUUUCCAGCUGCCUGAGGAGGAUCGUGGGACACAAACCCUACAUCCAGCUCCUGUGUGCCUUCCUCUUUGCAUCCCUGGCCUUCCAGGUCACACAAGGGAUUUUUGCCUUCUUCUGUACUCAUGCUGCAGGGCUGGCCGGGAAGUUUCAACAUUUAGUGCUUAUCAUGCUGGUCACAGCCUCCCUCUCUAUUCCCUUUUGGCAGUGGUUUUUGGGGAGAUUUGGAAAGAAAACUGCAGCGUCACUGGGCCUGGCGCUGAUCAUCCCAGCCCUGGCAGCCAUCACCCAGGUGAUGCACAGCUUCCUGGCCUUCGUCUUCCUGGUGAUCAUAGCAGGCUGCAGCAUGGCUGUGCUCUACCUUUUACCAUGGUCCAUGCUGCCAGAUGUGGUGGAUGACUUCAUGCUGAGGAACCCCAGCUGCCUCAACCUGGAGGCUCUCUUCUACUCCUUUUACGUCUUCUUCAACAAGUUUGCAGGUGGCCUUGCCGUGGGGAUAUCGACACUGAGUUUACAUUUUGCAGGUUACCGUCCUGGAGACUGCACAUACAACCCCUCCGUCAUCCUCACCCUGAAGCUUCUCAUGGCCCCAGUCCCAAUAAGCCUGCUGCUCAUUGCCAUAAUCAUCUUCUGCCUCCAUCCCAUUGAUGAGAAGAGGAGGAAGCAGAUGAGACUGGAGAUGGAGGCAAUGGGGCAUCAGGUACAGUGUGGCAGCCAAGAAUGAACCCAGGGCCGUAGCGGCUUUCCAGUCUGGUGCACACUGGCAGGAUCUGAGCAAAUUACUCCCCAGUUGUGCGCUGAAUUAAUUUGAAGCCUUAAGUCUUGCGGUGCAACAUUGCGAUCAGUGGGGAAGCCGGUGGUUUAGAGCUACGUCAGGGCACCUGCAGGAUCGUCGCAGCAGCCCAGAUUCAGAACAAUUUCUCAGAUGCACAAAGGGAUGCUUCUUCCCACCCCCCCACCCCCUCCUUUUUUUUGUUUUCUGGAGUGUGAAGGAUUUUCUUUGGGAUCACCUGACUAAACCCGGGGGCAGCUGUUGGGGUGCGCUGCCCUCUGCCACUGCGUUGCUUUCAGCCUCCCUGCCUCUGGAUUUACAAACAAGUAAAUGCCUUCGAGCAUCGAGGAAACGCUCUGAUUGUUGAGACCUUGAAGUGCUGCAGAAGGCACGAAUUCUCUUCCAAGGCACAUGCUCCUUGGGGCAGAGGAAUGGGCUUGAUCUGGAGCUUCCAGCCUGCAGCAAGGGCUGUGAUCCGGCCACGGGCCGCUGCAGAGCAGGACCUGACCCACUGCAGAGCAGGGAGCUGC